AAAUGCCCCAUGUAAUAGGUCUAGGUACAUACGACGCAGUUGGUGACUGGAUGGUUACAUAGGUAGUAUUUCCCUUUUGCUCUCUCUCUCUUUCUGCUUGACUUUCCCUCCCGUCAGUCUCUCGUCGCUCUUUUCGAGUCCCUACCUAAUAGCAAAGCAAGCAUUUGCUUGCGUUCUUUCGUUUGAGAAUCCUCUCGUCCACAAUCUUUACUGGCCUUUUGAUUUGGCCGUUCAUUCUUUAUUAAUUUCUAAGUCCACUCCUUAAUCGUCUAAUAUGCGAUCCUACGUUCAAGCUGCCACUGCGGCAAUUGGGCUUCUUGCCUCCACUGCCUCUGCAGCUUUCAACCCGGCCUCGUCUUCUAACCUUGUUGUUUACUGGGGACAGGGUUCGUACCAGAUUGAGCUUUCCGAAGUUUGCAAUGACCCUGCUGUGGACAUCGUCAACAUUGGUUUCGUGAACCAGUUCCCUCGUGCUGUUGGCGACUACCCGGGUUCCAACUUCGCCAACGCUUGCGGCGAACAGUUCUUCAAAUACCCCAAUGGAACCCAAAGUGCUCUUCGAUCGUACUGUCCCGGUAUUGCACCAGGUAUCAAGGCUUGCCAGGCAAACGGCAAGAAGGUUCUCCUUUCCAUCGGUGGCGGAUGGCCAACCGAUUACUAUCUACCAAACAAAGAAGUCGCCGAGUACUUUGCGGAAUUUCUCUGGGGAGCGUUUGGUCCUCAAACAUCUGCUUGGGUGAACGCUGGAAAGCCCCGUCCUUUUGGUGAUGUUUCUGUCGAUGGAUUUGACCUUGAUAUCGAGAGCUUCGUGGACCCGGCCCCGUUCCCAACUUACAAGUACGCAAACUACGAUAAGUUCGUUACUCACCUCAAGACAAAGCUAUUCCCCACGGGACCUUCGACUUACUACAUCUCUGGUGCUCCCCAAUGUCAGAUCCCUGAUACUCGCCUCUCCGAUGCCAUCAGCAAGUCCCACUUUGACUUCAUCUUCGUCCAGUUCUACAACACCCCUGAGUGCUCUACCCGCGCUGGCUACAAUGGACUGGGAAGAUCUGACACAAAGUUCACCUUCGAUGCCUGGGUCACUGAGCUCAGCAAAUCUUUCAACAAGAAUGUGAAAUUGUACAUCGGUAUGCCCGCUGGCGUAGAUGGCGCCCCCAGUGACCCAACCUCCUAUCUGAAGCCAGAUGAGGCGAACAAACUCAUCAGCUACUACCAAAAGAAGAGCCCCAGCAUCUUUGGUGGUGUUAUGCUUUGGGAAGCUACCGUUUCUACGCGCAACGCCUUCUGCUCUAAGCCCUACGGUACAUGGAUCAAGCAGAUGUUGACCGGAAAGUACACCAAUACUGUCUGCCCCAGCUCUUCGUCCACCAUUCGCUCUUCUACCGUCGUGUCGUCUACGACUCGCAGCAGUAGCUCGUCAACCUCAAGCAGCGUCAUCACCUCUUCUACCCGGGUCAGCUCAUCGGUGUCCUCUACCAGGUCCUCCGUUGUGUCGAGCACUAUCUCAUCUUCGCGAUCUUCUUCGUCCAGCAGCAGCGCUGUCUCAUCGACCCGUCCUGCGUCCACUUCCUCGAGCUCGUACGGUGUCAGCAGUUCGUCUUCUUCCAGCAGCACGCGCGGUGUCAGCAGCUCUUCUUCAAGCUCCUCUAUUGUGUCAAGCACUGUUUCUUCCUCGAGAUCUUCUUCGUUCAGCACAAGCAUUGUCUCAUCAACUCGCCCUGCAUCAACUUCCUCAAGCUCGUACGGCGUCAGCAGCUCUUCGUCGAGCAUCUCCUCGUCAAGCAGCUCUUCGUCAAGCAGCUCUUCGUCAAGCAGCUCUUACCCUACCAGCUCUCCAUCAAGCAGCUCUUACCCUAGCAGCUCUUCGUCAAGCAGCUCUUCUCCAAGUAGCUCUUCUUCAAGCAACUCUUACCCUAGCAGCUCUUCAUCUAGCAGCCCUUCGUCAAGCAGCUCUUCAUCUAGCAGGCCUUCUUCAAGCAGCUCCUACCCAAGCAGCUCUUCGUCAAGUGGUUCUUACCCAAGCAGCUCGAGUGUGGUCUCUAGCUCGGUCAUCCCUACUAGCAGCGUUGGUGUCAGCUCCGUCUAUCCUACGACCGAGUCUAGCUCUGUCUAUCCUACAACUGUUUCUAGCUCUGCCUAUCCCACCAGCAGUGCUGACACCAGCUCCGUCUAUCCUACAACCGAGUCUAGCUCGAUCCUGCCAACUACCAGUGUCGAUACCAGCUCUGUCUACCCCACAACCGAGUCUAGCUCUGUGUAUCCUACCAGCAGCGGUGAUGCCAGCUCUGUCUAUCCCGUCACUUUGUCUAGCACCGCCAACCCAACGGAAACGCCAUCCUCGACGCCAUGCACCACCUCUGAUGUCGACUAUUCCACUAUUGCAUAUUCUACGGGGUUCCCUACCUCGCCUAAUGAGUACUCUACCAUAGCAUACUCCACCGGUUUCCCUACUUCGGCUGAUGAGUACUCUACGAUUGCAUACUCCACCGGUUUCCCUACUUCGGCGGAUGAGUACUCUACGAUUGCUUACUCCACUGGAUUCCCUACCUCGGCUGAUGAUACUCCAGCAUUGCAUAUUCUACUGGGUUCCCCACGUCCGGAGUGUCAAGCGAGACUGAGUACCCUUCGUCAAUUGAGACUGAUGUUUAUCCUACGUCCAGUUCAUCCGUAGAGACCCCCGUUUAUCCUACGUCCAGCUCGUCCGUGGAGACCCCCGUUUAUCCUACAUCAAGCUCGUCCGUGGAGACUCCUAUUUACCCUACAUCAAGCUCGUCUGUAGAGACACCCGUUUACCCUACGUCCAGCUCGUCCGUAGAGACCCCCGUUUACCCUGUGUCCAGCUCGUCCGUGG